GAUGACAGGCGUAUCUCCUUGCUCGUCUGGCAUACGCACCCCUUGUCCCAGCCGUUGCCAUUUCGGCUGAGGCCUCCCCCCUCUCCUGUGCCUGGACCCCGCCGGGCCGCUCCCGAACUGCUCGCUCCUCUGGGCAGAGUCCGCGGCGGCGAUCGCUGGCGAGGAGAACCUACGCAGGGAGGUCGCGGGAUGCCCAGGUCUCCCGCCCGUGGUGUCCGCCGGGGCGCAUGACGCUUGCGCUGGCGGGCCCUGGCGAGCUGCCGUCCCGGCCGUCAAGUUCGCGCCCAUGCAGGUCGCGGCCGAGUGCGGUGAGAUCGAUCCCGCGCAGAGGCAGAUCCGCGACGCUGUCGAGAGGCUGGAGACCGCGCUGGCAGCUCUGCCCGAGGGCUGCGGCCUCGACGCGGCUCGGCAGCCGUUGCUACAGCAGCUCGAGGCGAAGCGCCGCCAGCUGUGCGAGGCCAAGCCCCCCGACCCUGGAACCGCUUCGGCGGGCGAGGCCCCUGGGGCGAGCGCCGUGGUGGGCAACCGUCCGCGCGCGGGCAGCCUGGACAGCCUGGACGGCGACAGCGGGCUGAGAAGGAAGCGGCGGCGCGUGCUGUCCUGCACGGAGGAGAGCGCGGGCAGCCGGCUGCUGAUGCGGGGCCUGGCGCUGGUCGCCAAGCUCCCGAUCUUCGCGAAGCUCGAGGCGUCCGAGUACCCGGUCCUCGUGGCCGCGUUCACCAGCUCCGAGCACGAGCCCGGCGAGGUCCUCGUGCAGCGCGGCGAGCCCGGGCGGGAGCUGCUCCUGAUCGACGGCGGCAGGGCGUCGGUCUCCGUGCCGCAGAGGGGCCAGGAGGUGGAGGUGCAGGUCCUGGGGAGCGGCGACGUGCUGGGCCAGGACAACCUUCUCAGCCCAGACCAGGGCCCGCCCUGGUCCGCCACCGUGCACGUCGUGGAGCGGCUGCGGGCCUGGCGGCUGGAGGCGUCCGAAUUCGAGCGCCUGGGCUUCCGGAGCCGCAUCGCGCUCAGGAGGAGGCUCGCGGAGCACCAGCCCUCCGUGCCCUCCUGGAGGAGGGGGCUCCGGCCCGCGGCCGAUCGGGGCCUCGUCGACGUGCCCCCGAAGACCGACGAGGAGAAGGCCUUCCUGCGGAAGGCCGUGCGAGCAAACCGCGUCCUGGGGCCCCUGGUGUGCAACCUGGCCGAGGAUGCGCUCGACGGGCUCGUCCGCAGCGCGCAGAAGCAAUCCUUCGCCCGAGGUUCGCAGAUCAUCAAGCAGGGGCAGACCGACGUGGAGUUCUUCUACGUCAUAGAGCAGGGGUCGGUCGCCGUCCUGAAGGACCGCGAGCUCGUCCAGGCGCUCGGGGCCGGAGACUCCUUUGGCGAGCGGGCCAUCGUCUACCGGGAGCCGCGCAUGACGACGGUGAAGGCCCUCUCCGACGCCACGAUCUGGACGGUCCCCAGGC